CAGCUAGCAUUUUUCCAUUUUCUGGAUGACAUAAAGCUGAUGACAUAUUAGCAGAUUCGAAACAAAUUUACUGUCAUGACGGAUUUUUUAUUGUAUGAUUUUUAUGAUUCAGAGUCAAAAUUUGAGUUUGUAUAUCACAUCUAGUAUAUUUCACUGUAUAUUAAUGCCUUGAUUUUCAAAUUAGAUGAAAUGUCUAAUUUGAUUGAUCAUGAUCAUAUUCACAUUAGUGUUUUUUUUUUUUUUUCUUUUGUCUGAUGAACCCUGCUCUAUGUUAUUUCAUUAAUAGUAGUGUAAUAGGGUAUGCCAUUAAUUUCCGUAGCACUGGAAUGAUGAUAUUUUUAUUUAUAUUUUUGUUAGAGCUGAGUUUAAAAUUUGUAAUGGGGGUGAGUUUUGUUUUUAGUUUGUUUAUUUGUUUGAGUACGAAAUUAUAAUGAUUGAGUGUGUUUGUAUGUGAUGUGGGGUGAGUAUAUGCAAUUGUUACACUUUUAGAUCCCUUGUAAUUUUUGUACUUUGAGUAGAUAGAAAAGGUUUUGUAAUUCGAACAUAAAUGAAAGAGAUAAAAUAUGUCACUAACAUAAAUUUCCUUGGCUUGGCUCUCUAAUAGGUUCACAAUCUUUGAAGAAUAUUGAUAUAAAUGUAUACUUCGGUGGACCCGUUCACAAUCCUGAAGGGAUUGACGGAUUCCCAUUUAGAGGGGAGGGUAUCGAAUGCUACUACAUGAUGUUACGUCGUAAGUUGAAGACGUUGAAUGAUUUGAAGAGGAAAAUAAUGGACGAAUUGAAAUUGAAUCCUGCUUGGUAUGACAUCAAGAUUAUUUAUCGUUGCCCACAAGAAGUCCUUCAUGAACGGAUAAAUUAUGGGUAUAUGGCGAUCAAAGAAGAUAAACAUGUAAAGAUGAUGUUUAAUAGGAUCCAGAAAAUGCCCCAAGUAAAUGCUGCUGAGUUGUAUGUAAGUUUGGAGGCGCCUGCAGAUAACACUACUGAGGUGGUGCAAGAAACAACUACGGCUUUACAAUUUACAGCCCUAGAUGAUGGAUGCACUACAAUGGGAGGGUAUACGAUGGGAGGGUAUACUACACAAGAAACAACGAUGGGAGGUUAUACGCUCCCAUCUCAAGAUCAUGUUGCUAAUACUAGUGAAACCCUCUAUCGUGAAGAGACACAUUUAGAGGAGGAAGACGAAGACGAAGAUCAUGUUGCGAAUGAUGGUGAAAAUGUUGAGGUUGUGGAUGAGUACGAAGAGAGGAUUGAGCAAGGCGACUUUGAGAACGAUGUGGAUGAACAUGAAGUCGUUCCCAAUUUUGAAGAGGAAAAUAUGGAGGACCAUGAUGAAGGUGAUGCAAAUGAUGAUAUUGGUGUCCAGUAUAAUAGAAAUACGACCACUGGCUACAGACCUCCUGCUGAGUCAUUCUACUCAAAUACUUGGGAAGAUAUGGUUGAUCCUUCACGUCUUCAAAUACCAUUUGUCUCUACUUGGGAAGAUGGGAUGCAUUUUUCUAAAGGGUUGACUUUUGCAAAUAAAGAUGCGGUGAAGCAUGCAUUGAUAAUAUACGCAGCAAAGGAUAAUAGAAAUUUUAUAAUCCGGAGGUCGACCAAAUCGAAAUUGUGCGCCGCAUGUGUUGAUGACAACUGCAUGUGGUAUGUUGGGGCAUACAUGAAGACUAAAUUCAAUGGUAUGUGGAUGGUUACGUCUUAUGUGGGUCCACACACUUGUAUACCCUUUGGCCUAAAAAGAGAUGGUAGAAUGAUGGAUUCGCAUUUUGUUGCAUCAGAAAUUGUGGGAAAAUUGCAAAAAAAUCACACUACACGUAUUGAUGACCUAUGGGAGAUCAUACGUACUAAGUAUAAUCAUGAGCUUUCUUACUAUAAAGUAUGGGACGCAAAACAAAAGGCAAUUGCUAAGAUAUUUGGGGAUUGGGAGGAGUCUUACCAAAAGUUGCGAAAGUUGUUGUUGGCAUACUUGGAUGAGGACUCAGGUACCCAGUACAGCUAUCACACCAUACCUAGGCCACACGAAGGUACUGCGUUACUACGCUAUGUAUAUUGGGCAUUCGCUCCAUGCAUUGCUGCAUUCCAAUAUUGCAGGCCAGUGAUUAGUAUUGACGGGACUCAUCUGUAUGGUAAAUACAAAGGGGUAUUGAUGAUUGCAAUGGCAACCGAUGCUAACCAAAAGGUUUUGCCUCUCGCCUUCGCUGUUGUGGACAAGGAGUCAGGGGCUAGUUGGGGAUGGUUUUUAGAGUGUCUCAGGAUUUCCAUAGAGCAUGUCAUACCUAACGAUGGCAUUUGUAUUAUUUCUGACCGACAUAAAGGUAUUAAAUGUGCCAUUCGAGAGUGGCCUAGACGUGAGGACGGAAGAGAACAGGUAUAUCAUCGAUAUUGCCUUCGACAUGUUGCUAGCAACUUCAACAGACACUUUGAUAACCCGAUUCUAAAGGCAUUGGCCUUGAAAGCUGGAUAUGCGAGUAAUGAAGCUAAAUUUAAGUCCAUAAUGGAAACCAUUAAGGAGGCCGAGAUUAAUUUACUGAGGGGUGUAGACCCUACUGAUACGCGGAUUGAACGUUAUAUGCCGUACACAUAUCUAGUGAGUGAGGAUGUGGAGAAAUGGACCCAGUCACAUGAUGGUGGAAGACGUUACGGGGCAAUGACAACCAAUAUCUCCGAGUGCUUUAAUGGGGUACUUAAAGGUGCCCGCGGUUUGCCCAUUGCUGCAAUGGUUCAUUUCACUUGGUGCAAACUUGUUGCAUAUUUCCACGAUCGACAUAAACAAAUUACUUCUGAUCUCUCUCGAGGUAAGCUGUGGAGUGAUUAUGCAAUGGAGAUCUAUAGCAGAAAUGAGCAGAAAAUUGCAGGACACACUGUGAGGAAUUUUAAUCAUGCAGAGGGUGUAUAUCAGGUGGUUACCCCAUACAAUGACCAUAGAGGUGGAGGGGGAAACCACAGUCAUCAAGUGCGCAUAUUUGCUAGAACAUGUGGUUGCAGAAAGUGGCAAAACCUGAAGAUCCCUUGUUCACAUGCAAUUAAAGUUCUUCAAGAUCUGCAUCUCAAUGCGACCAACUAUAUUGACCCAUGUUACAGUUUGAACAACGCCAUUCUCACAUAUUCACAUAAUUUUGUGGUACCAAAGUCAGAGUCUGAGUGGAGGGACGUUUCCGGACCACGAUGGGUGCCUGACCCACUGCUGUUGCGGGGCACAGGUCGUCCUGUGAAGUCAAGAAUAAGGAAUGAAAUGGAUGGGGUACGGCGAGAACAGGGAAGCCGGAGGGAAGAUCCGGACUUGAGGGAGACUCAACCGAGGCAACGAUGCGGAGUGUGUCAUCAAGAGGGGCAUAACCGUAGAAGUUGUCCCAAUUCCCGUGGGGCAUCGACAAGUGGUACUGCUAUAAACUAGGCAAGCGGAAACUCGAUUUUGCUAAGUGACAUUGUACGUGGGACUUGUGGUUAUCUUCUGUAUGGACAAGUGCUAGGUGACUAUGUAGAGUCUGUUGUAUCAGUAUGGAGAAGUGCUUGGUGACUAUGUAAAGUAUGUUGUAUCAGUAUGGUUUAGUAUGGACAAGUGGUAGGCAAAUAUGGGGACUAUGUUGUAUUUAUUAGUUGUUAUUUUGGUAAUUGUUGAAUGUUGUUGUAAUUGAACUAUUUGCUGUCUAUUGUACUUGUUACUAUAGUUGCGUUGUGCAGCUUUUGCCUCUAAUGCCAGCAAUUAUAUUACGGCUGGCAUUAGUAGCUACUACUUUAAAGCACAUUCAACCA